GCUCAAACAGGAAGCUGUUUGCAGAUAACACCGGGGCGCCCGGCCUGAUUUGCUGGGCGGUGGGACGGCCCCGGGCUCACUGGCCUCUGUGCGGGGCUCCCGGGCCCAGUGUCCUCGCGGCCCCUGACGGUCAGGACACCCCUUCGCCUCCUGUGUGCCUCACCCAGGGGUCAGUGCCCUGCCCCCGCUCACCAUGAAGAGGGCUCUGGCCCUGAUCAGCCUGGCCUUCCUGUCGCUGGCCCCGCCGGCGGACCCGCAGCAGACGGUGGACGACGCCUGCUCCGUGCAGAUCCUGGUCCCAGGCCUCAAAGGGGACGCCGGCGAGAAGGGGGACAAAGGCGCGCCCGGCCGGCCUGGCAGAGUGGGCCCCACGGGAGAGAAAGGAGACUCGGGUGACAAAGGACAGAAAGGCACUGUGGGUCGCCACGGAAAGAUUGGUCCCAUCGGUUCUAAAGGUGAAAAAGGGGAUUCUGGCGAUGCAGGGCCCCCGGGCCCCAACGGAGACCCAGGCCUCCCGUGUGAGUGCAGCCAGCUGCGGAAGGCCAUCGGGGAGAUGGACAACCAGGUCACCCAGCUGACGACCGAGCUGAAAUUCAUCAAGAGCGCUGUCGCCGGCGUGCGCGAGACCGAGAGCAAGAUCUACCUGCUGGUCAAGGAGGAGAGGACGUACGUGGACGCGCAGCGGUCCUGCCAGGGCCGAGGCGGCACGCUGGCCAUGCCCAAGGACGAGGCCGCCAACGGCCUCAUGGCCGCCUACGUCGCGCAGGCGGGCCUGUCCCGCGUCUUCGUCGGCGUCAACGACCUGGACCGCGAGGGCAGCUUCGUGUACGCCGACCGCUCCCCCGUGCAGACCUUCCGCAAGUGGCGCGGCGGCGAGCCCAACAACGCCUACGACGAGGAGGACUGCGUGGAGCUGGUGGCCGAGGGGGGUUGGAACGACGUGGCCUGCCACACCGCCCUGCCCUUCCUGUGCGAGUUCGACAAGGAGCACGUGUGAGCGCGGGGGCGCCCUGCGCGGAGGGCCCCCGUGGCGCG